AUGGCGGCUAUCAUCUUUGCGUGGCCGGUUGGCUGGUUCUUCCUUCUCGUCCGCCCUGUUCUUCUUCCUCGGCCUGUGACAGUGACGGCGCACACGACUUCUAUCCUGCUCCUGGACGAGGGAAAGCCCUACGGCUCCCGGCCCACCACGGGUGCAACACUGGGAUGCCAGCGCCGCAUCUCGUUCGGUUUAGGCUGCAACAUGAGAACCCUGGUCUUUUGGUUUGUUGACUGGUCGAUGUCCGAGAUUCUACGGAUACUCCUCCGGACACUGCGCUCCCUCGCUCAUGGGAUCCACAGCUUUGCGCCCGACAAGCGAACCGUCCUUCCGAGUCCCUGGACUUCUCCAGAGCUCGCAUACUAG